UCUCAGCUGAUAGGAUUCAAUAUGGCUGCUCAGAAAACACGUUGCUUAUCCACGAUUGAAGAGACGCCUACAAAUGAUUUCUGUGGAGUAUAAGUUAAGAAGAAAUUACAAAAAAAGAUAGUAGAAAUCCUUUAAAUAUAAAAUUUUACAAUGGCUGGCUGCGAGGAAGUAUUAGAAGGAUUUAUUUGUCCAAUAUGUAUGACAGAUUUCAAAGCACCUAAUCAAUUAACGAAACAUUUCGAGGAUUUCCAUAAAGAUGAUCCAGAAAUUUUGAAGUCGCUUAAAGAUCUUUUUGGUAAGGCUAAAAAGAAGAUUUUAAAGCAAGAUGAAAUGUCAGAUUCCUUCGCAAAUAGUAUACCAUCAACUACUAGGCAACGUAGCCCAGAACUUAAUUGGGGACCUCAAGAAAUAGGUGCAAUGACGUCACAUACAAGCUAUUUUAAAGAAGUAAGAAAUAUGAGAUUGGAACGUUACUCUACAGAAACAAAUAAACUUCUCAUAAGAUUAGAUAAAUUAUUAAACAAUUUACCAUCUGAUCCAGUUGAUAGAAAAGUUCAUGAACGCACCAUUGUGCCAUGGAUAGAUGAAAAAGAUGUAAAAUUAUGCCCUACUUGUGCAAAAAGUUUUCAUGUCGCAAGAAGAAAACAUCAUUGUAGACUUUGUGGAGCUGUUAUGUGUCACAAUUGUACAAUAUUUCUAUCGUUACAAGAUGCAAGAAAAAUGACAAGUCCUGUUUCUGUACAAGAUGAUUCAGCAGUAUCUCCUACUUCCGAACGACCAAUUUCGGAACGUAUAGUACGUGCGGGUAUUGGUCUUACAAAAUUGGCGAGGUCACCAUCCAGUGGUAGUUUAAAUAGUGUACUAUCCUUGGUUAACGAUUCAACAGGUAGUGAGCAGCAUUUUAGAAUUUGUACGCACUGUGCGAAUCUGCUUGAUGCGAGAGAAAAACAAAAAGCGAAACAUUUCGAUAAACCGAUAGUAUGCCAAUUUUAUGAAAAGCUGAGGACAUAUAUGGAAGAAGCUUCGCAACACGUGAAAAUGUACAACAAAAUGUGGGAAUCCUUAAAUGAGGGGGAAUCCACAUAUAAUUUAGAAGAUGCUCAAGCUUUAAGAAAUAAGAUCGCAAAGUUAGGCGAGAAUAUAGAUUUAAUUAGCAAAAGAAUUUCAGUACUCGGAACGAGAUGCGUAGAAAAUCCUCCGCAGGAUCAAGAACUUCGAUUGCAUCAUAUGGUUAGAGUGUCUGCGAUGAUCUUUUUGAAAGAAGAAUUAUUGAGCGUGCAAGCUUUACCUUCAGAAGAGAGAUACGCGGAAUUACAGAAGGAACGACAAAGACGUAUAGAAGCUAGAAUCGCGUAUGAAAGACAAUUGGAAGAAGAACAAAGAGAAAGACCGAAAGAGCAACGUAAACGGGAGACAUGGAACCUCGAAGUUCGACCCAUUAUGAAAGAAAAUCAGCCAAAUGUGGUACUAGAUCAAUCACAAGGUUGGGGUCCAUCUAGCGUUACUCCCAUAAUGCCAUCUUCUAUGGAUCCUAUAAUUGAGCAAAUGAGUAAUCUUCGAGCUUACAUUAAGCAAGCUAAAGCAGAUUGCAGAUAUGAUGAGGUUGCAACGUUAGAAUGCAAUCUUAAAGAGCUCCAAAGCGCCUACUUCACAAUGAGAGAAAGUAAUAACAGCGAUGGAUAAAGUAUACACAUAUCUGCAUUUUUUAUUAGGUAAUUCUGUAUUUCUUAUCGGGUUUAAGUAAGACUUAAUAAACCUUCCCAUUAUAUCGAAA